AUGUGUGGUCGUACUGGAUUGUCAUUACAAAAGGAUAAAGUACAGUGCGCUUGCAGUUACAAAUCUAAAAAUGAUAAUCAUUAUAUUAAACCGGAAUGGCUUCCAGAGUUCAAUGCAGGGAAAGACUAUGUGCCUUCAUACAAUAUUGCUCCAACUGAUGUAACUCCAGUUCUGGUCUCUUCUAGUAGAUUCCGUAAUGUUGUAGACUGCGACAGAGUCUUAAAACCCAUGAUGUGGGGUAUUAUACCACCAUGGCACAAAGGGGACUAUAAAACUCAUAACCUAAGUACUAACAACUGUCGUCUUGAAAAUAUAAAAAGUUCCAAACUAUACAGUCCAAUACUGAGCAGUGGAGGUAGAUGUAUAAUAGUCGCAGAAGGAUUCUAUGAAUGGCAGACCACCAACAAGUUUUCUAAAGUGAAACAACCAUAUUAUAUUUAUGCUCCUCAGAAGGAUGGUGUAAAGAUUGAUGAACCUGAUACAUGGCAUAACAACUUUGAUGAAAAUAUGGGUUGGGAAGGAAUAAAUCUUCUCUAUAUGGCUGGAUUGUACCACAUCUGGCAAAACGAAGAAACAAUAAUUUAUUCAUAUUCUGUCAUCACAAUGGAGUCCAAUGAAACAUUAGAUUGGCUGCAUCACAGAAUGCCUGCUAUAUUGGACAGUGAUGAACAAAUAGAGGCAUGGCUAGACAUAGACAAUGUUAAGCCUGACAUGGCACUGGGCUAUCUUAAACCUAUAAGACUAUUAUCGUGGCAUCCAGUUUCAACUGUAGUUAACAAUUCAAGAAAUAAAAGUACUGAUUGUAAUAAGAAAAUAUUCGAAGAAGAUAAGAGUAAGAAAAAAACACAAAAGACACUACAAUCUUGGUUUGUUAAAGCUGAAAAGAGGAAAUCAACUGAUUGCAGUGAUUCAGACCCCAAAAAGUCGAAAACUUGA